AUGGUGGGAAUUUUGGUGCAGAAUGGAAGCAAACGGAUGCCGAACUGGGAGAAGGCUAAGUGGAAGAAGUGGAUUUGGAGGAUGUUUUCGUUAAACAAUGUCAAAAUCCUUGGAUCUCCGAUUUUUGAUGAUGGAUCGCUGAUUGUCUAUGGUAUCGAGAACUUUUUCGAUCCAAAUUUCACCAUACCGGAUACUCCACUACAAAGCCCUAGCUUCGAUCAUUGUACUGCAUCGUUUGGAGGUUAUAGUAAUUUCUCGUUUCACAAUGCUGCUAACGUGUUGAUAUCUAGAGGAUACUCCGUGAUGGCUUCAUUUCUCAAUCUGCAAUUGGUAGGAUUUCUCAAUCAACCUACAUUGACUGUUUUCUCUCCUGUUGAUGAAGUGAUGAUUGAUUAUUCUGGUCGGUUUCCCGAUUAUUCAUCUCUGUUUCUCCGGCAUGUGUUGCCUUGUAAGAUUUCGUUUAGUGAUCUCAUUAAUGUCGAUGACGGAACCAGUUUUGAUACAUAUUUAGACGGAUUCAAGAUCAAACUUAAUAGAUCCGGUGGUACGUUUAAGGUGAAUGAAGUUUCAAUUACUUUCCCGGACAUGUAUAACAGUGAUUGGUUUGUGAUUCAUGGAAUUCGCGAGGUUCUUUCACUGCCAAUGCCAGCAGAGGAUGUAAACGAUGGCGAUGGAGAUCCUUUUGAUGAGAUGCCGGCUAAAACUUCCGGCACUAUGUUGAUUGCUGCCGCUCCAGAUCGUUCUGAGUUUUGA